AUGCCCUGGAGGCCUCUGCCUCGAAUCGCUUUUGCCGUCGCCAUCUAUCCAUUCCAACCCUCGACGCCGGCCGAUUUACCUCUCGAACUGGGCGAUGAAUUGUAUAUAAUUGAGCAGGGGGGCGUCAAUGGAGAAUGGUGUCGCGGGUAUCUCGUCGCUCCGCCGUCGCUGCUGGCGGGCUUGACGAGCACCAAGGGCCAGACCCUCGAAGCGCGCGUGUUCUCUGGCAUUUUCCCCCGCAAUUGUGUCGAGAUCCGUGAGGUGUUAGGAGACGCAGAUGGACAACGAGCGUUGACGAACGGCGAGCGCUCAAGCGCCGACCAGGCAGAAGAAGCUUUUGCGGGGGACAUUCGACAAAGUCUGACCUCGAUGCAUUACGACGAUCCGGUGUCGGGUGAGGUGUCGAAUGUUGUGAUCGCGAAGAAGGGCAAACCGUCGCAGAUUUUCAUACAGAGAUUGGAGGAAAAUGGCCAGUCCAGCCCUCGUUCGCUGCUAAAUAGUCCCGCACCAUCGACCUCCCUUUCACACACCCCGGUAGCUGUGACUCCUCGGGGUCCCAACGCUCCCAAGCCCGCUGCCCCUGUUCCAAUGCUAAAGAUCGGCGACGAGACCCCUACCUCCUCAUCGGAGCCUUUGGUCGACGAGAUCGCAUCGUGCCUUCGAGAAUGGCAUUCCACCAACCUCCAUCAGCUGUUAUUGGGCCGACAGUAUAGUGUGGUGGAAGCGAUGACCAGCAUUGUCAGCGAGCUCGAUUUUUCUCGGCGACAGCUGCUAUACAACGUGCUCACGGCACAGGAGAAAGAGUCGCUGCGGCACGAGGUGGUCUGGAAGCUGGUUCAGGGAAACAAAAUGCUAGGCGGUGAUAUCAUUGUCAGAGAUCCCGAGCAACGAGGCCGUUUGCUGACCGGCGAGGACUCGGCCAUUCAGCUGGCCAAACUCCAGUCAGAGAUGAGCAUGCUAGACAGCAGCCCUACGUAUCAAUCCGAUACGGCUGCGCUUCACCAUCUACUCCUUGAGAUAAAUGCCGUUUCGGGCAAUGCUCCAGGCCCGGUGACCCUCGCCCUUUAUCUGUGUGUUCAAUCUGAACCCGGUGUUCUUAGUCCUUUAUCCGAAGCAUACCACCUCUAUAUCCCGUCUCCCGAAAAGUUCGCCAGUAUGGGACAAAGCAACAAGCUGAAGACGCUAUUCACCGAAUUGAGCGGUAAUGAUAUCGGCGACGAUUCGGCCAGUGGACCAAGCCUCUACCUAGUAGUCGCGGUUAGGGCGACAGAAACCGCUUCCUCCUCGUUGGCUUCCUCCCAGCCAAGGCCGUCGGUGUCCCGAGAAAGUUCGUCCGCUUCCAAACAAUCUCCGGCCCUAAAUCAAUCCGUCAAAGGCAGUCUGAAAACGCGUCGUAGCAUGAUGUGGUCAUCAAAGCCGCGUGGUAUCCAGAGUGCGGAGCCUGGAAGAGAGAGCCCUCGAGGUCCUCCGCAGUCUUCAGAGAGUACGUCGAGCAGCAGGGAUCGAACGGCUGGUCAGUCUACAAAGGAGUCCACUCAGACUCGCACAGUGGGAGUCGGUCUCUUGGAGGUCUCCCAAAUCCUUCGGCAAGAUAAAGACGCCGAGCAAGUGAUCAAUAUCUGGUCACCCUCUGAAGGAAGCGAGGACGGCGACAGUCAUACGGAUGGGUUCGACGAACUGGUGCGGACGCUGCUUCCUAGCCGCACUGGGAAAUAUGCGCGAUCCCAACGUGCCGCUCGCCUUCACAUCCAUUUGCAACCUUUUGUGUCCUCUGACUCGGACGCCUUGAUUCGACAAAACCCGACAAUCAUGCACAAUGUUGUCCAGACCAGGAGAAUUGGAUUUUCACAGGCCCCCUCGAAACCAAGAUCCGAUAUCUACGUAUCGAUCUCACAGGCUUCGUUCCCCCCAGAAGCACUCCUUUCACAUCCCCAGGCGGGGCAAGUGCCGAUACCUUCGAACACGCCAUUCAACAAUCUGCAGCUGACACUUGAGGUGCGAGCAUCAUCAGGCGCACGGAUUGAACGCUGUAUCUUUCCCUCAUCCAAUAACACGGCCCACACCGCAUGGCGGACCACAAUAGUCCAACGAGGCAUUCCUUGGAACCAGACCAUCCGUCUGAAUGUUCCCGCCGAAGAGAUUCCAGGUUCACACUUGAUUAUGAGCAUCGCGGACGCUCCUGAGUUUCCCUUUGCUCUCGCUUGGAUGCCCCUCUGGGAUAACCAAGCUUUCAUGCGCGAUGGUCCUCAUUCACUGUUACUGCAUGCCUACGACAAGCAUACCUCGACCAUUGAGAACGGGAAGGGCGCCUAUCUCACCCUACCGUGGAGCUCACUUGGCAAGAACGAAUCCGCUAAAGAUGAAGCGAUUACCGGACCAAUGGCCACUUUGCGCCUCGAGACUCACUUGUGUAGCACCGAGUAUUCGCAGGACCAGGUGAUAUUAAGCUUGCUUAAUUGGAGGGAGCGACCGGUGGACGAGGUAUUGGACACUUUGAAGCGGGUUCUCUUUGUCCCCGAGAUCGAAAUUGUCAAGCAGCUACGCGGCGUCUUCGACGCACUGUUUGGGAUCUUGGUUGAGAAUGCUGGCAAUGAAGAAUACGAAGACCUAAUCUUCAAGAACCUAGUGACGGUGCUUGGUAUUGUUCAUGAUCGCCGGUACAACCUAGGUCCGCUGGUGGAUAAUUAUGCCGACACCCAAUUCAAUUUCCCCUUCGCUACGCCUUGCCUCAUUCGAAGCUACUCGCGCCUCCUCCAAGCCAAUUCGGAUCCCCAGCAAUCACGGAGUCUUCGGGCGACAUUCAAGGUCGGGAGACACGUUCUCAAAUUCAUCAUCAACGCCAGGCUGCAGCAGAAGGUGAAGGAGGAGGGCAUUGGCAUCACUCGGGUACAAUCGACUUUCAACCGAGAUCUUCAUGCGAUCUUCAAGUCGCUUGAAGUCCUCAUGAAGAAUUCCUCCCCCGCUAUGGUUGGAAGCAAGACGCUGGUGGUCCAACAUUACCACACGUGGCUACCGGAGCUGUCCAAGGUUCUACCAAAGGACGAAAUCAUCAUGGUGGCUCUCAGCUUCAUGGACUCGUGCAAGGAUGUGAAAGGCAUGCUCAUCUUGUACAAGUUGAUUCUGAUUCAGCAUUACACCCGUUUAGAGAUCUUUAGCAAGGGAUCGGAGAGACAAAGCUUGAUCACGAGCUGCGUUGCAUGGCUGGCGCCUUACUGGGGAGCGACGGGCUCGGUAUCCGACCUUUAUCGCGACCAAGUCCGCUUGAACUGUGCGAUUGUGGCAGAGUUUCUGAAGGAGCCGGACCCUUACCUUUACGACUUCAUGCCGCAUAUUGUCUCCUCGUACUAUUCUAUUAUACCUGACGGGGUGGAUGACACCGAAUACCUCUCGUUGCUGUUUAGCAAGUCUUUCCCAUUCCAAGUCAAGGCAUCCAAGAACUCACAGAAGUUCGAUGAAGCCCUUGUGGAGCUCUCUGCAAUUAUGGCUGCCAUGACGACGGUGACCAAUCCUAAGAGGCCCCGACUCAAGGGUUUGGAGCUUUCUACCUUCCUCACCCAGGCGUUUGAAGUCCAUACCUCAAUCCUGAACUGUGAGCCUUACCCCGAGAGCUGGCUAAGUGUUCAUGUCUACAAUCAUCGCGCUACCGUAAAAAGUCUCGAGCACCUCUCUUCUAUCAUGAUUCAUAAGUUCCUUCCCGCGCCGGAUGAUGCUGAGACCUUCGACACAAGACUUUGGGAGAACUUCUUCAUGACCUUGCUCAAGGUCGUCUCGAGCGACGUUCUGGCUCUGGAGACAUUCCCCGAACAAAAGAGGCGGACUAUCUGGAAGAUUGCGGGGGAUGUUCGCGAGCAAGGCGCCGACCUGUUGAACUCCAGCUGGGAGGCGAUUGGCUGGGAGACCACUGAUGAUGAGCGGGAGCGGUUCAGACUCAAGAAACUUGGCGGCUAUCAGGUGCAAUAUGUCCCAGGUCUGGUGGCCCCUAUCAUUGAGCUCUGCCUCAGUGUCCACGAGGGAUUGCGGCACGUAGCAGUCGAGAUUCUGCGCACCAUGAUUCUGAGCGAGUGGAGUCUCAACCAAGAUCUGUCAAUCAUCGAAACGGAGAUCAUCUCCAGCCUGGACAACCUCUUCAAGACAAAGAACAUGAGCGAGGGAGUCGUCCAAAAGCUCUUUAUAGGGGAACUUCUUGAUCACUUUGAGGAGUGCGCGUCUUUCGACGAGGACUUGUCUAAUGCGGUCAAAGCCCUCAUAGUAACGGUGGAUGAACUGCUGGAUCUCUUCGUCGCCUCCCAGGGUGGCUCCAUGGGCGAAAGCUUGCACACGUUGCGGCUAAUGGAGUACAUGAAAGACAUGGGACGAGAGGAUAUCUUUAUCCGGUAUGUUCACGAACUCGCUCAAGUACAGGCUGCGGCGGGCAAUUUCUGUGAGGCCGGCCUUGCACUUCAGUUCCAUGCCGAUCUUUAUGACUGGGACCCUAAGCGGACGGUGCCCGAACUCAUGAACCCUGCUCUGCCCGAACAAACAUGUUUUGAGAGGAAAGAGUCCUUAUACUUCACCAUUAUCCAAUAUUUCGAGGAUGCCAGUGCAUGGGCGCAUGCUCUGGUCUGCUACAAAGAGCUCGCCCAGCAAUACGAGGACACGAUGGUGGACUUCGCCAAGCUCUCACGAGCCCAAAGCUCCAUGGCCAGGAUCUAUGAGACUGUCUCGCGAGAAGAAAAGCAGUUCCCGCGGUACUUCCGUGUCCUCUACAAGGGACUUGGCUUCCCCGCAAACUUGCGAGAUAAGGAAUUCAUCUUUGAAUGCCCACCAGGUGAACGCAUGGCCGGUUUUGUGGAUCGUAUGCAGCGAGAGCAUCCCGCGGCGCAGAUUGUGUCCUCUGGGGAAUCACACGACUAUGAAGGCCAGUAUCUACACAUAAAUCCUGUCAGCGUCCAUCGAGACAUGAACCAUCCGGUCUAUCAACGAUCGAAAAUUCCGUCUUCAGUCAGAGAUCAUCUUCUGAUCUCCGAACCUUACCGGUUCACCUCAACAUUGAAGAAACAUGCCCGUGGAGCAAGUGUUCAGGGACAGUGGGUUGAGAAAACCAUCUAUACCACCGCGGAUCCUUUCCCGAACAUCCUCCGCAGGAGCGAGGUGGUAAUCACCGAGGAGGUUGCAUUGUCGCCCCUGCAAACCGCUCUCGAACGGACAUGGCGCAAAACCCAGGAGUUGUCCCUCCUGCAGAGGCGAGCGGCAUCUGGUGAAGACUCGAGCCUUUCUAAUCUGACCGAAGCAUUGGAGCAAUUGUUAGACCGCAACUCUUCCUCAUCCAGCUGCGUGGCAGUUUAUCGUCAAUUCCUGUCUGAGACUCGCGCUGAGGACGAGAUCGAAAACACCCCGACUCCAGCCGACCCCAUGAAGAACGCUCUGGCCGUCGCCCUGAUUGACCAUGCGCUGGCAAUCAAGCAUGCUCUUGCCAUGUUCCAUCGCCCUGCACACCAAGCAACCCAGGCCGAAUUAAUACGCCGCUUUGAGGAUGCGUUUGCGCCGGAAUUGUCUUCCCUCACCCCGCUGGCGCAGGACACACCUCAGCUAACCCUACCCUAUUCUCGGACUCCUUCUGUCAAUCGCAAGCCACAUUCCAUGGCGCGAUCGACCAGCCCCGAGCAUGAAUUAAUCCGGUCGUCACGCCAAAACAGCCAUACUCGGAGGCAUUCCCAGAAACCCUCCGUCAGUCAUCGAAUCAGUGUGAUGAACCCUUUCAAACGAUCCAACCACGGAGCCAGUAACUCUGUUUCUACGGUACAAGGGGUAGCGGCAUCGCAGCAGCCAGCCGGCAACACCAAUGGAAUCGAGGAUGCUCACCGAGCACCUUCGCGGGCCGAGCCAUCGCAAGAGCGCGACGAGGAUGCGAUUACUAUCCACAGUCGAACUACCAAUCAAUCUCGAGACACGCAAUCAAAGCGGAGGAGUUUCUUCGGAGAGAAGCUACAUAAGCACACCUCGUCCUUGUCGGUCCCUGGUGGUAAUUCGGCCGAGAACUUUUCCCAGCGAUCGCGAAGCGCUUCGCGAGACGCGGCUGCCAAGUCCCAUGAGAGCAUCAAUACUCCUACAUCCCAGCCGCAGCCAAACGGGACCUCUGCGGGCGAACCAUCGGUCACGAGUCCUCGGUCAGGAUGGUCCACUAUACCUUCGAUCAAAGACCAUCCGCGACCCAUGACGCAGAGCAGCGCGACCUCCAUCAGGAGUCCCGAGAUCGGUAGUCCGGUUAGCCAGGCGACAGGACAUUCCAACGGCGGCGUGCGAGACUCCGUCAUGAAGCGAUUCAGUCUCUUCAAGGGCCUCAACCGGAAGGGCAGCCGUCUUGAUUUUCGGUCUGACUCGAAUGGAAUGACAGUCCACGAAGAGUGA